AUGGAGGACAUCCAAGUUAGCAACUCUUCCUCUGAGAUACAGACAAGUGACUUUCAGAUAGACGUGGGUACUUACGUGUACCGUACAAUAAGCAGCAUUAUUAUUCUGGUGCUUGGAGUGCCUGGAAACUCUCUCAUUCUACGCGUGUAUUGGUCAAAACCGCUCACGACAAGCACACACAUUCUGAUCAUGUCGUUGGCUUUGACGGAUCUCUUAAUCUGUUUAUGUCAGGUCUCUGAUCUCCUGUAUGAUUGUCUUGCUCUAGUAACUGGUCAAAAUGAACAUAAAUUGUUUGAGAUAAUGGGAUGGAUUGAGGAAACCUGCAUGUUUACCUCCACUGGUGUCACCAUAUUGAUUGCGCUCGACCGUUACGACUGCAUCUGCCGCCCGGCGCACCUGCGAUUUUUUAAUGCAUCAAGAGGAAAGGCGGCAGCUUUCAUCUCGUUUCUGGUCGCUUUCUUGUCAACGACUCCAGAACUCACCACGGUACUUACUAGUGUUGACACUCCUACAUUGCACCAAGUAUCGCAGGGAACUCGACUAGCUUAUUUAUUAUUCGCAUUUGUGGUCAUCAUCAUUUCUUACUCUACGGUCUACAUGGCCAUCCGGAAGCAUGUCAAAAUUGGUUUACCGUCCAACAUGGCCAAACCCGAUGUUAGCCUUCCGAAGGUCGACCAACAACCAAACCCAGUUACGGCACCAAUAAAACCAGAACCAGCUUUACUAACUGUUCCUGACAAAUCGGGCAAUAAUAUGUCACUUCAGAAGGUAGCAGUAGCAUCUAUUUCCAUGGUAACAUCAUCAUCGACAAAGGAAACUAACAAGGCAGCCUCAGAGGGUAGCAGUGAGAACAGCGUCCAUCCAACUACGCCACAGAUGAGCACGAGUGGGUCCAAAGUUUCAGAUCAAGUGCACCGUGACAACAGAGGGCGUCGUGUGAAAACAACUGGUGCCCCUUCUCUGCAGCGGAAGACAACCAGAAUGUUGUUGAUUACCAGUGUGGUGUUAAUGGUGACCUGGCUGCCAUAUUGUAUUUACAUCUGUGUCUAUUUUGCUGACCUUAAUGGGAUAAGUGUCAGCCCAAUAAUCGUAGAUAUACUAAGUCAGGUUUUUUCUGUUUUAUACGUGAACAACUUCUGUAACCCGAUUAUUUACGGUCUUGCAAAUAGUCGGUUUCGAAAAGACUGUGUGGAGUUGCUACGCAAUCUUCACAUUUGUUAG